AUGGACGGAGCGGCGAGGCUGUGGUGGCUGGCGUGUUUAUGUCAGGUGGCCAGGUUGACCUGUGUGCAGAGGUCGGACCCCGUCGACGCUGAAUUUGUGUUUCGACGCUUCCCCGUCGGUCAAGUUGCAGAGGAUUACGCAGUCACCUGCAGGACUGCCAGCAGCCACAUGGUGUCGGUGGAUCAUAUUAGUCACUCGGCAUGCUCUCCUGACUGCAAGGUGUCACCGCGGUUGUUUGAGGAUCCCGCAGGGUAUAACAUCACACUGAAAGCCAAAAGAAAUGACACCACUCUGGAGGCAAAGAGUUUUCACCUUGCCCUGGUCUCCCUGUCCUCCUUCCGUGUAGAUAGUACAACCACCACUGCUCUCCUCACGUGGAAUCUGCAAAGAGGACAGAGCCUCUCUGUACUGAGUCUGUACAACACUGAUACACAAUCUCUCACACACACCUUCCAUAUAAACUCCCCAGAGAGGCAGUCCCAAUACACGGUGAAAGGUCUUCAGUCCGGCACACGCUUCAAGGCCGAAGUUGUGGUGACUACGUACCUAACGCAACAUGAUGUGACCAUAAGACAGAGGCUCAGCAUUGGCAUGGAAACGGCCCAGUGCCCCUUUGGCUGGUUGGCUGAUGGGAGAAGCUGCUACGCUGUGAGUAGGACUGGCUUAGCCUGGGAUGACGCCCAGCACAACUGCGAGGACCAGGCGUCAGGUGGUCACCUGGCUGACCUGAAAACCCAAGAAGAUCUCCUCUUCAUCUCCUCACACCUGGUUAUCCAAAACACCCUGUUGCUGUUGUGGACUGGGCUUAAUGAUCAGCAGGUGGAAGGCCAGCCUCACUGGUCUGAUGGCUCGGCCUACAACUUGACCAACUCUGUGACAUCAUAUUUGCCAGCCAAUGAAACAGACUGUUUUGCUCUUCAGAAGAAUGUCACUGGACCUGGACACUUUCUCACGCCUUUCUUCUGCAACAUCCCCUUACCCUCCAUCUGCCAGUACCAGAUUCCUUUAGUCCCUGCCUUGUUCUCCUUUGUCCUGGUGCAGGUGACAGAACAGGAGGUGGAGCUUUCCUGGAGUGACCUGUCGCUGUUGAACUCAUUUGACCGUUCCCGCCUCGAGAUCUUCCUCCAGUACCGAGAGGAGGUUGAGGAGAAGUCCAGUCCACGAGAUGAGGGUGGCCGCAGGAAGAGCGGUCAAGUUGAUGAGGCCGGAGAGGUGACACAUUUGCCCAGCAGGGUUGCUAGAAUGAUGCGCAUCCCGGUCUCCCUCUCCUCCAGGGGGGUGACUGUGGCAGGUCUGUCCCCAGGAAGGGUCUACUCUUUCUCCCUUCGAGCCUCCCACUCAACUGGCUCCUCCUGGAGCCUGGGACAAACAUGUACUGCAUACACAAGGCCUCUUCCUCCACAGAACAUCACUAUUGAGUCCGUUACGGCCGGUGAGAUCAUUAUUCACUUGCUACUCUCAGGCCCCCCGGGUUUCACUGCGUGGAGCGUUGUGCUACGCUGUAUGGACAUUUCUUCAGGCCAGGAGAGGCUCGCCGGGGUGGCAAACAUCUCCAGGUCACCCGAGACUGAUGGACUGCAGGCGUACACCGCUGUGGUUGUAGGGCUGGAGUCAUACAGACAGUACAGGAUUCAAGUUCACACAGUCACCGAGCAAGGAAUCGAGAGCUGUGGACAAGCAUCUCUGACUGUACAAACAGCAGUGAGUGCCCCGAGUGGUCUGGUGGUGCGGAGCAAGGCGAGAAACCUAACAGCCUGCUGGAACAACCCAUCUGAUGAUCGUCCAGAUGGUUAUUAUGUCACACCCCGCCCUCUCAACCACCCCUACCCAACUACAUUAUGGAUUAAUGAAUCCAGCCCAAGUGCACUCUGGGGCAAUAAAUCUGUGUGCAUUGUUCUGAGUAUGCUCACUCCAGGUCAGACCUACAAGGUAGGAGUGGUCUCGGUGAGGGGUGAAGACAAGAGUCAAGAGUCCAGUGUUGUUUUUACCACAGAUCCAUGGGCAGUAAAGUUAGCAGUCCCUCUCUCCGUUGGCACAAACUCUGCUUUGCUCUUCAUCCAGCGGCCACAUCUAGGCAUUGUCGACGGAGUGAAGGUGUGUGCGUGUCGGGGAGUGUGUGAGGAAGCGUGUGAGGAAGCGUGUGAGGAAGUGUGCGAGGAUGUGUGCGAGUGGCACUCUCUCCCCGCGGGCACUCAUACACUCACUCUCAGCAACCUGAGUCCGGGAUCUGAGUACCAACUCAAGGUGUACAGCACCAGCCGAGGGCAGACAGGACCCCCAUACUACACCCACCCCAUUAGAACCAGUCUGGCCCCUCCAACCAGUGUGAGGGAGGGUGUGGUGACAGAUUCAUCUGUGGAGUUGCUUUGGGCUCCAGCACCAGGACAGGCACACAACUAUGAGGCCAUCUGCUUCGACUGCAGCCAAUCACUCAUGGUGCAGAAGGUGUUCGGUCCCAGGGCAGUGUUUUCCCCUCUGACACCAGGCAAACUCUAUCACUUUGCAGUACGAACAGAGAAAGAGUCCUUCACAGACAGUUCGCCUGUCACUCUCAAUGUCACUGCAGCACCUAGUCCAGGGGAGUUGUCAGUUCUCAAUAAAACAACAUCGUCAGUAGCCAUCAGCUGGACAGUGGGGAGGGGGUUCUUCAGUGGACUCACCCUGUCCAUUAGAAACAAGACCUCUACUCAGCAGGUGAACCGCUCUCCCGCAGAGCCCAGAUCCCACACAUUUAAAGGCCUCGUUCCUGGAAGUCAGUACACAAUUGAAAUGAUCAGUGCCAGUGAAGAUAAGAAGAGUAAGCCUGCGACCUUGACCCUCAAUACCAUCCCAGAGGCACCUCAGGAAGUGGUACUUGCCGAGCAGGUUGUGACCUCUGUGUUUGUCAGCUGGAGACCCCCACCUGGACAGGCCAAAGGAUACAAACUGGCGUAUGGUCUGUCAUUAGUGGACACGAGAUCUUGGCGUGAGAUCCUUGUCCAGGGUACCAGUUAUGAGAUCAAGGAGCUGAUACCAGGAUCUGACUAUGGUAUCUACAUCCUUAGCAUGCUGGGCGAAGACACUAGCCAAGCAGUCCACAGAGAGUUCAGCACACGCCCGGCAGGAAUAUGCGCCCUCCGUCUUGUCAGCAUUAACUCUUCCUCCGUCACUGUGAGCUGGGACAGCGCGUUUGGCCAGUUUGAUUUCCACAGGGUCAUUGUGGCCAAUGCCUCUGACACAUACGUACUCACCGUGCCUAAGGAGGAGCGGAUCUGUGUGGCCACCGGGCUGCUGGGGGGCUGCAGCUACAACGUCAGUGCCGAGAGAGUGAGAGGACUGGAGGCCGGAGACGCCGCCUCUCUGACUGUAACUACAGUGCCGACCCGUGUACGAGGAUUGCGUGUAGCGAAUGUGUCUGCACGUGCAUUCUCGCUACGCUGGGAGCAGCCAGAAGGGUGUGUGGAUCAGUACCAGGUGAACCUGCAGCCUAGCCAGGGGAAAGUCACCGUGCGCCCGGUGCGUGAUGGAUACGUUCAGGCUGAUGUGGUCAGCGUGACUCCAGGAACACAGUUCACCGUCACAGUCACUGCAGCCUCCUCCUCCAACAUCAGCCCACCAGUCAGCCGUAUAGUCAACAUCAACGAGACAGUCCCUGGUCCGCCCUUAGGUCUGGAGGGGGAGCGGGUGGGCUCUAACGGUAUCCUCCUCUCGUGGACCCAACCUGCUGAUGCCACCUCGAUUCUUGGAUACGUCAUCAGGUACAAGGAGGUGUGUCCGUACCCUGACCCUGCCUUCACACAAGUCACCAAGUACCUCGACAUACCAGAGACCCUGCUGAAUAACUUCACCCCAGGCUCCACCUACAACAUCCAGGUAGCAGCAGAGACUUUAGUUGGUGUCGGAGCAUUCAGCAAAUCUUUGUACAUCAAGACCGCCGAGGCCCCCCCAGGCCUGGUAACCAACCUGACAGCAUUUGCUCAGAACCACACCUUUGUUGUGGUGACAUGGUUCCUGCCGCGCCGCAUCAACGGCCUCAUCACAAAGUUUGCGGUCAAAGCUAAGCAUGCCCGUACGGGACAGACGGUCCGAACACUGGAGCUGAAUGCCGAGGACAUCAUGACUGGAGCGCUGCCUCACUGCAAUGACGCAGCUGAUAUUUUAUCUCGGGGGACACCCAGCCCGUCGGAGGUGACUGCAUCCUCUCCUCCCAUCACCCUGUCGGCCGUGCCCCCUGCAGCCUCCUGGAGCGUCCCCAUAUCGGUUGGAGUGGAUCAGCUCCGGCCCUAUACCGCCUACGUCUUUGAGGUGUCUGCCUUCACCUCGGACGGAGAGGGCCAGAUAGCCUCCACUAUGGUCCGCAUGCCGGAAUCAGCCCCAGAGGACCCUCCUCACAACCUUUCUAUAUGGAACAUUACAUCAAAGUCCAUUUCCUUUUCCUGGGACCCACCCAUCAUUGUCACAGGGAGAUUCACUUAUGUCAUGUACCUCUAUGGACCCACAGGAUAUAUCUACGAGAACAGCACAGCAGACCUGCGGUUCGUGUUCGCUGGUCUGAACCCCUACACUAAGUACUCUGUGGCAGUUCGAGCCAAAUCCGCUGGAGAGGUGGGUCCAAAGGUACAGAUUGAUGUCGUCACACCUGCAGAAGCGCCCAGUGCAGUACAGGAUUUGAGGGCGGUGGCUGAAGACUCAGUUUCUAUUCUUGUGAGCUGGAGAAGCCCUGCCCAACCCAAUGGUAUGAUCACCCAGUACAGGUUGCAGGUGCUGGCCAGGGAUGCUCUCCUGCAGGACAUCACCCUCACCGGGAAGCUGAAUCUGGACGAGACCAGUUUGUAUGAAGAGACCCCUCUUCCUCCCAUUCUCGAUGACAAUCAAGAGCGGCGUAAGAGAUCAGCUGACCUCAGCCUGACCACCUCUCCGCCGGCCUUCACAGCUGCCGUUUCUGACCGCACGCUGCUCACCAGUAUGGUUGCUUCCAGCCUCACACAAACUGCCCUCGCCAGCUCUAACCGGAGUUCUGACACUGACCCUCAGCCAGACCCUGACCAUAAAGCUACCUCAAACCCUGUGGUCUCUGAGAGCCUGAGCACCACCGGAACCGGUGUGAUUAGCAUGGCCUUCAGCACUGACCUUGACCCUGCCUUCACACUAACCCCUGACCCCUUGGUCUCAGGGACCACUCCUCUUUCUCUAACCUCUGUGCCCCUUGCCACAUCCCUGUCCUGGCUGACCCACCAGUCGCAGACUGAGGAUAGGACCACUGACCCCUCCCCACUGACUAUGACCCUGGGCCAAACCCGCCUUUCCACUAGGGAUGUGGGAUUUACAGGCCACAGCGGCGGCCAGCAGAGUCUGUCAACACGCGCUGCAGCAAUCUCUGGUACUCCUGGAGCUGUGCUGAUGAAAGAAGAGGUGGUUGACCUUCUGUCCGAGGAGCUGUCCUACCUGGUUUCAGACCUGAGUCCUUUCACUGAGUACACCUUCAGAGUGAGUGCUUCCACUACAGUGGGAGAAGGCCCCGCUGCACACAUCACUGAGAAAACUAGCGAACAGGUCCCCAGCUCAGUGCUGGGUGUGUCUUACCAGAACAUUAGCUCUACCUCCAUCUUGGUGAGCUGGCUGCCACCCCUCAACCCCAAUGGACAGAUCACACACUACACUGUCUACGGCCUCAAGCUUCAUAGCAGUGAGGUCCUGCAGAGGGUAACCAACGAAACCAGCAUAUUGCUGACAGGACUGGACAAAUACACGGGCUACAAGCUGCGUGUGGCUGCGUCUACAGCUGUAGGGGAGAGCUCGCUGUCUGACGAAGACGACAUCUUUGUUUUCACCACAGAGGACGAGCCUGACUCCCCUCCUGAGGAGCUGGCUGUGGUAGAGGUAGAGACCACCCCCUCCACCAUCACCCUCACCUGGCUUCCACCCAAGAGAGCCAACGGGGUGAUUCGACAGUACGAGGUCCUUUAUGAGAACCAGUUCUACUCUGGCGCAUUGAACACCUCCUCUAGCAGAGCCACCCUGACCAACCUGAAGUCCUUCACCUACUACAACGUGUCUGUCAGGGCCUACACGCGUCACGGGCAUGGCAACCAGUCCUCAGCAACUCUACGUGUGCUGUCUGGGGAAGACGUCCCAGGCAGUCCGCCAUACGACCUUUCCUACGAGUCCAUCAGUCCCAGCGAGGUGAACGUGACCUGGCGUCCCCCGCUGGUGCCCAACGGCAUCAUCACCCAGUACAGCCUGGAGCUCUGGAACUCCACUCACUACCUCAACCUCACCUCCCCCACCAACUUCAUCCACAUCGCACAUCUGAGGAAGUACGCACUCUACCGCGUCAUGGUGCAGGCGCACACGCGCGCCGGGUCAGGCAACUACAGCAGUGAGCUGCUUAACAUCACCACGUUGGAGGACGCCCCCGACACGUCCCCCCAGUUUCUCCGCGCCAGGAAGUUGUCCGACUACCAGGUCGAGCUGUCGUGGAAUGCUCCCCUCCAGGCCGAUUCAGACAUACUUUACUAUGUUCUUAGAGUUUGGAAUGAGACAACAGAGAUGUGGCAGAAUGUGACAGGGACAUCUGUGGUCGUCAGUGUGGACUCGGAGAGUAACUACAAUGCCUCCAUCUCCGGCUGGACCAGACUGGGAAAUGGAGGGGUACUGAUAUCCAUCAGCUUUACUACCACUGAUGCAGCACCGUUUGAUCCACCACAGCAUGUGACUUUUGCAAAUGUGACUACCUCCUCUGUCACUCUGCUGUGGUCCCCACCCAAUGAGCCCAAUGGAAUUAUAGUACACUACACCAUCUACUACUCCGAUAACACCACCGUUGUACAGCAGAGGGUACCAGUUUCUACCUUAUCUGCCCCCUCCUCUCCUGACUCGACCUACUCAUACACACUAACCGGGCUGAUAGGGGGCACUAACUACACCCUGUGGAUGACCUCCAGCACCAUACAGGGGGAUGGAGGGGUCCAGAGCCAGCCCCUAACCCUGAUAAUACCCCAAGACGUGCCCAGUGACUCGGUCCACAACCUGACUGCUCAGAUCUUCAGCUCCACGGCCAUCAUCGUCAGCUGGGACCCUCCCCAGGAGCCAAAUGGUCGUCCCUUCUACUUGCUUACCUUGCAGGAGGCUGGCACCCUCCCCAGUAACCUCGGACCCAGCCUAGGGCCGACUGUGGUCAACAAGACUAUCAAAAAGACCACAAACGAUACUGUGUUCCUGUUCACCAAACUCAGAAAGUACUUCCCCUACGUGUUCACUGUUACCCCGGCAACUGGUGCAGGCCCUGCCCUCAACCACACCAGCACGAUGCACCUCAGGACAGAUGACGACCUUCCUAGCUCUGCUCCAAUGCUUGUGUCCACCAGGAACUUGUCAUCCUCCUCUAUCUCUGUGGUCUGGCAGCCCCCCCUAGAGGCCAACGGGGAAAUUACAGAGUACGCCCUCACAUUGUUCGGCCCUGGAGGUUCCAAUACCACGCACAGCCCCAACACCUCGUUCAGCCUGACCCACCUGCUUCCAUAUACACCUUACAACCUCACUAUCACUGCGGCGACGCGAAAAGGCUCAGGGCCCGCCCUCCUGCUGCUGCUUCACACUGAUGAGUCAGGCCCCAUGUCCCCCCCUCGGCACCUGGUGAUAUACAACCAUACGGCCUUCUCUGUCUGGCUGAGCUGGGAGCCUCCCCUAGAGCCCAAUGGAAUAGUGACACACUAUGGCUUUUGGAUCCAAGAGCUCAUCACAAACACCGUCACACACUGGAAUGCCUCUGAUCCACUGACCACAGCACACUUAUCAGGCUUCAGGCCCCACACCUCCUACGAGAUCCGCGUUUGCAGUUACACCCGAGUAGGCCACGGAGACCAGUUCAGCAGCCCUGUCGCCUUUACCACCGACGAGUCAGUAUCCGAUGCAGUGGGGAAUCUGUCUUGCUCGGGAGCAGGCUGGGACUCGAUUCAUCUGUCAUGGGACCUUCCGGCCAACCCCAACGGGCAAAUUCUCUUUUAUCAGAUUCUGGUCGACUUGGACACACAACCAAACAUGCAGAAAGCCCUCACAAAUAACUACACAGUGACGGGGCUGUCACCCGACGUCGAGUACACGUUCACUGUGACCGCAGUCAACUCUGCAGGAUCAGGGGACCAGAUGAACUGCAGCGCCUUUACGCACCCCGAGUCCGUACCAGGUGUCCCUCACUUCAUAAACGUUUCUGAGGUCACACCCACUAGCGUGACACUUCAGUGGGCUCCCCCGCUCUCCUCUCCGGGCAUGCUCAAAGAGUACCGCAUCACCGCACAGCUGCUGGCCGUUGUAUGUGAACCAGACACCCAGCCCACUGCAGAGCUUCACCCAGAGCAGGAGGUGGCAUCGUGGUGCGUGGACUCACAAGUGGUCGUGUCAGUGAACGGUUCGGAUGUCAGUGUCAAGCUCCAGUCCCUGGCUAAAUUCAGGCGCUACCGAUUCAGACUGGCGGCGCUGACUAAUGCAGGAGUAGGGGAACAGACGCCCUGGAUUUAUGCACAUACCCUGGCUUCAGACCCUGAUGCUCCUCCCCGCAACAUAAAAGUGACCCCCACCUCUAACAGCCUCCGUAUCCAGUGGGAUGCUCCUGUUGUCCUCUCGGGGCCCACAUCUUAUCUAGUCCACAUCAUUUCUUUGGAUGAUGCAGCUGUGAACCACUCGGUGGUCCGAGCACCAAGGGAGCUGAAGACUGUGGUGGUGACCAACCUGACUGCCUUCACCCUCUACUCUGUAACCGUCAUAGCCUUCACUGGCUCACUAACGGAUGCUGUCAGCGAUGGGAAGGCCAGUAAGCCCACCAUCAUCAGAACCCUGGAGGAGGAACCCAAAGACCCACCCAAGAACGUGACCCUGGCAGUGAUCCCAGAAGAAGUGACCCGCGUAUUUGUGACCUUCACCCCGCCAGAGGAACCCAAUGGAAACAUCAGCGCCUACUUGGUGCAGGUCUACCAGCACGGUCAGCUGGUCAUGACCAUUAACCGCCUCAGUGUCAUCCAAAACCAGAAUCACACUCUCACCGCUGUCAUAGAUGGCCUGAAGGGAGGAAACAACUACAGCAUACGGAUCGCGGCUGUUAACGGGGCUGGUAAAAGCCCACCUAGCCCAGAGGUCCAGAUAACAACAGGGAUCAAAGCCCCAGCGAAGCCAACCCAAAGACCCCAGGCAGCACUGGGUCGUGGUGGAGUUGCCAUGGUAACCCACAGGAGCAUCACCAUCCGCAUGCCUGGUUGUUUCUAUAGCGACGACAAUGGACCAAUCAGACACAUUCAGGUCAUCGUAGCUGAAUCAGGGGUGAAGGACGGUAAAAAUCUCACCAAUUGGAAGAACGCCUUUCUUCAUUACCCCACCCCCUACCUGACGGAUGAGGGUUUCCCCAACCCGCUAUGUAUGGGGAAGAGGGAGACACACACAGACACACACAGCUUUAUGAGGGAUACUCGCAGUGUCUCUGGAGAUGGCCUUCCACAAGAGCGACGCAGUGGCCUCAGGGCAGAGACGUACAUCAUAGGCGAGGACGAUGAUUGUAUGGAACAAGAGAAUACUGACAAAUUCUGCAACGGACCCCUGAAGCCUAACACCGUCUAUGUGUUUAAGUUCCGAGCCACCAACAUCCAGGGCCAGUACACAGACUCGGAGUACUCUGAGCACGUCAUCACUGCAGUGGACGGCUUGUUGACCAGAGAUGAACAGAUCAUUCUGGGAGUUCUCCUCUCCUUCUUCUUGGCUGUGUUGUUCAUCGUCAUCAUCUGCGCCUCAGUCAAGAUCCAUCAGCAUAAGAAGGAAGGUGGGACCUAUUCUCCAAGAGAGGCAGAGAUCAUCGAGACCAAGUAUAAACUGGACCAGCUGAUUGCUGUGGCUGACCUGGAGCUGAAAGAGGAGAAACUCAACCGGUACUCUUCCUUCUUCUUUAGGCGGAAAGAAAUAUAUGUCAUCCAGCUUCUCAGCUACAGAAAAUCACUCAAACCCAUUAACAAGAAGUCUUUCCUGCAGCAUGUGGAGGAUCUGUGCACCAAUGACAAUGCCAAGUUUCAGGAAGAGUUCGGUGAGCUUCCCAAGCUGUUGCAGGACCUGGCCACUUCAGAUGCUGACCUGCCCUGGAACCGAUCCAAGAACCGCUUCACCAACAUCAAACCUUAUAACAACAACCGAGUGAAGUUGCUGUCUGAACCAGGCAUGCCGGGCUCUGACUACAUUAACGCCAGCUUCAUCUCAGGCUAUCUGUGUCCUAAUGAGUUCAUAGCCACCCAAGGUCCUCUCCCCGGCACGGUUGCUGACUUCUGGAGAAUGAUAUGGGAAACGGGAACCCGCACCAUCACCAUGCUCACACAGUGUUACGAGAAAGGCAGGAUUCGGUGUCACCAGUAUUGGCCAGAGGACAACAAGCCAGUGACUGUGUUUGGCGACAUCAUCAUCACCAAGCUGACAGAGGACGUCUACCCUGACUGGACCGUCAGAGCGCUAAAAGUAGAAAGGCACGGGGACUACAUGGUGGUUCAACAUUUCAACUACACGUCCUGGCCUGAGCAUGGAGUCCCCGAGUCCAGUAGCACGCUCAUUCAGUUUGUCAAAGCCAUCAGAGCCAACAGACAAGACAACACCACCAUCGUGGUGCACUGCAGUGCCGGCGUGGGCAGGACGGGCGUGUUUAUCGCACUGGACCACCUCAUCCAGCACGUCGGCGAUCACGACUUCGUGGACGUGUACGGCCUGGUGGCCGAGCUGCGCAGCGAGAGGAUGUGCAUGGUGCAGAAUCUGGCCCAGUACAUGUUCCUGUACCAGAGUACCUUAGAUCUUCUGAGCAGUAAAGGAAACAGCCAGUCCAUUUGGUUCGUCAACUACUCCGCCCUGGAGAAGAUGGACUCAUUGGAUGCCAUGGAAGGCGAUGUUGAGCUGGAAUGGGAAGAGACCACGAUGUGA